UCGGAUAUUCAGGCAUUUCGCAAGUUUAAUCCAGACAAACCAAAGGCUCCCAGAGAGGAAGAGGCAGCAGAACAGAAGCAUGCGCUCACUACACAGACAGCUGAGUCAGCUGCAGGCAGUAUGGACAUGGACGAUGAGGGCGGAUGUUUCCCUCUACCCAGCCACUGGCUUUCACUGCAGAACCUUCUGCUCCUCCACCACCACUUCAGAAUCAGACCCCAUAGAGAUCUACAAGAGGAAGCUCUUCUUGUGGUUCAGCCACCUUCCUCGGGAGGAGAAACAGUUUGGAGGUUACUUCAGCCCAGAGACCAUGCAUGUGGAUCCACUAAUCUUGGAAAGAAAGGCUGAGGAGACGGGAGGACUGCUCAGCUCCCUUCUCCAAACCCAGAUCCCCUCCAGCCCCUCUGUGACUGUGGAACAGUUGUUUGAGCCCACUGAUGCCGGGAAUGAGGGUCGGGGGCUCAAUGUGCUGCUGUAUGGGUCUGUGGGAACAGGCAAAAGUACGAUGGUUCGAAAGCUGGUGCUGGACUGGUGCAGUGGGACCACCCUGACACACUUCAAGCUGCUGGUACCCUUUUCGUGUGAGGACCUCAGUCAGAUGUCCAAGGUGGCUUCCUUAAGGGACCUGGUAGGCAGGAAGUACCUCCACCUAAGGAAACACCCGCUGCUGAGUGGGGAGGGAAACCAGGCCAGGGAUGUGCUCUUCCUCUUCAAUGGGAUGGAGAAGAUGAAUCUGGACUUUCAUAUUGGAUCCACAGAGCUCUGCAGUGAUCCUAAUGAGGCACUGCCUCCAAAUGUGGUGGUGGUGAACCUGCUGAGGAAGUAUCUUCUGCCUGAGGCUAGCAUCUUGGUUACCACCAGAAUGUCUGCCCUGGACCGUAUCCCUCAGAAGUAUGUGAGUCGCUAUGCACAGAUUUUUGGCUUCAAUGACCCUGACCGCCAGCGGGCGUACUUCACCAGCCGCCUGCUGCAGCAGAGUCGGGAAAGUGCACAAUAUCAUGAGGCCCAGGCUCUUAUAGAGCUGCUUUACCUCAACCUCCGGAGAGAAAGUCAGCUAGCUGCAGCCUGCUUCCUCCCCUCCUACUGCUGGCUUACAUGUGCUACCUUACACUUCCUUCAUUUCACCGAUGCCAAUGCGCCCAUCCGCACACUGACUGGCAUACACACUAGUUUCCUCAGGCUCAACUUUGGGGGUGAGGUGUUGGGCACAGGAACGGGGACGAAUGUGCCCAUUCAGGAGCACCAGAGUUCUCUGAUGUUGUAUAUAGUGCGUACAGUUGGUAAACUGGCAUUCGAUGGUGUGACAUACAAACGCACAUCGUUUUCAGAGAAGGAACUGGAGCAGUGGAUAGGAGGGAAGACCAAGACAGACGAGGAGCUGCGUCAGCUGGUCAUGUUCCGGACUGACGUGCUAGAUUUCUUCUUGGCUCCCUGUGUAGAAAGUGGUAAGAAUUUACCAGAGGCACUCAAUGAGGGUGACCAGAGGCGGUACGUAUUUACUGUCCCAGCCAUGCAGGAGUACUUGGCGGCUCUCUAUGUGGUUCUAGGAGAGAACAAAUCAGCUCUGGAGAAGCUGACCAGUCAGGUGUCUGUGGCCAUUGGUCAGGCCAGUGAGGAUGUCAAUGCCCUCAUCAACAUCUUCUCUAAGUUAAUCCCUCUUCGGAUCUUUGCUAUAUUCAACCUCCUCAAGCUUUUCCCAAAGCUCUAUGAGAAAAUCAGCAGCUACAACAAAGGCAGCAUAGCGAGAAAAAUGGCAGCUGAGCUGUUCCGCACAGAGGAUAGCUACAACGAGGAUGUCCUGGAUCAGAUGGAGCAAAGCCUCCUGGGAGUCCAUGGCCCUCAGCCAAAGCAAUACAGUGAGGAUAAGCCUUUUGAGCUCUACCCCAUCUUCAUGGGUGGACUGUUGCAUUAUGGGAACCGUGUCCUUCUCCAGCAAGUGGGCUGCAGCAUUCAGAGCACCACUGUGGCACAGAUCACACAUGUCCUUAGGAAGUACCUUGUCAGAGAGCUCAGCAAGCCACAGCCACCAGAGGAGCUCAUGGAUCUGCUGCUCCUUCUGUUCGAGUUUCAGAACCCCAGACUGACUGCAGAAGUUGUGGCCACAAUCAGAGCCAUCCCUCUCGCCAACAUUCGUAUGACAUCGCUCAAAUGCUUCAUACUGAGCUCAGUGCUCUCAUGCACCCCAGCAAGUUAUCACCUUGAAAAGCUGGACCUGUCCUCCUGUCUCCUGACUAAUGACAUGCUUCAGCUCCUGAGGCCUGCUUUCAGACAUGCACGUAACAUCAAUCUGCAGUUUAACAGCCUGGGUCCCGAGUCCUGCGUCGUCCUGAGAGAUCUGCUACUAGACCCCACGAGCUGUAUUAGAUCUCUACAACUGUGUGACAACCCUCUGCUGGAUGCUGGAGUCUCCACCUUGCUGGAGGCCCUGCCAGCGAACGAGUCGCUGACGCACCUGUCCCUGAUGCACACUGGGCUGGGGGACCAGAUGGCGCUGGAGCUGGCUGAGAGUCUCCAGAAGAACACGGGGCUCCAGGAGCUCAAUGUGGCCUACAACAACAUCGGAGACAGUGCUGCUUUGGCUCUGGUGGACGCCUGCAGAGAGCACCCCAACAUUCACACUGUGCACUUAUAUCUGAACCCUCUCAGCGACGUGGGGAAGCAGUCCCUCUAUGUCCGAGGUGUUCCUAAGAGUCAGGGUGGCAGCGGCCGGCGGGUCAAGGUGCUGGCUUCAGUCACUGAAGGAUCAGAGAUCUCAGAGGACUGGCACCCCAUCCUCAGUGUGAUACGACAGAAUGCCUCAUCCUGGGACCGCCAACGUCUUAAGCAGCAGCUUAAGAUCUUCCUCAGGGAUCUGGAGUCGGGGCGCCAGCAGCAACACUUCUGGAAGAGGCUUCCCUUCCGCAGGGUGGAGAAGGGAGUCCGGCAGACUCUACAGAUGCUGGAGAAGGCUGAUCCACCCACAGGACACAGCAAGUGAGCAAUAAAGGGCCAGAGGUGAAAGGGCAGUGGAUGUCUUCAGCAGUGUUUCAAGUUGUGUGUGAAGACAGGCUCCCUCACUCGACUCUGAGAACAGGGGGCUGAACACCCCCCUCCCCCCCAGCAAAGGCCACACGUAAUGCAGGUGGAGGGGCAACGGAACAGUGACAUUGCUGCGCUAGCUGUGGCUGUGUUUCAGAAUAUUCAGCUAAGUGUUUAAAUAUAUCUAACAUGACUAAUCACUCUCCUCCCCUCACACACAGUGAGCCAGCUGCAUAAAGAGCAAUAACACACGUUAUUUUCAAGUGUCUCUGCAGGUAAUGUCAUGAAGAAGAAGCUUUAUUUAUUGUCAUUGUAACACGUACAACGAAAUUAUGUUUGGAGCCGAGGGCCGCUGCGU